AUGAACCCGCAGGAAAAUGAAGACGACGACGCCAUGGAAGCUCAAACUCUCCAAGUAAUCGAAUCUCUCAUCCAUUCCAUCUCCCACACUCAAUCCUUCAAAGGAAAAUGGUCUCUAAUGGAAACAAAGCUUUCCGAUCUCAAAACUCAACUCUCCGACGUCUCCGACUUCCCUCCUAACUCCAUCUCCGCCGACCUCCGCCAUGCUCUCUUCCGUACACUUUCCGACGCCCUAUCACUCUCCCUCACCUGCCACAGCCCCAAUCUCCCCGCCGGCAAACUCAAAACCCAAAACGACGUCGACUCAAUCUCGGCGAAACUCGACAACCACAUCAGAGAUUGGGAGGUUAUAACCAGAAGCGGUGUUCUUCACGACGACGUCGUUCCGUCGCCCGUCUCGAGGGAGUCCGUACGAGUUGAGUCGAGAAAUUUGAUAACUCGAUUGCAGAUCGGUUCCGGUGAGUCGAGAAACUCGGCGCUCGACUCGCUUUUGAGGUUAAUAGGAGAAGACGAUAAGAAUGUUAUAAUCGCCGUCGCUCAGGGAGUAGUUCCGGUGCUUGUACGCCUCCUGGAUUCCGGAUCUUCGCCGGAAAUUAUCGAAAAAACGGUUACCGCAAUUGCUAGGGUUUCAACCAUCAAUUCGAGCACAAAAGUAUUAAUGGCGGAAGGUCUAUUGUUGCUCCAUUAUCUCAUUCGAGUUCUCGAUUCCGGCACCGGAAUCGCCAUAGAAAAAGCUUGCAUUACGCUUCAAGCUUUAACUCUUUCAAAAGAAAACGCAACAGCAAUUGGAUCUAGAGGUGGUAUUUCAUCGUUACUCGAGAUUUCUCAGUCCGGUACACCGAGUUCACAAGCAGCGGCCGCCGCCGUUCUCCGGAAUUUAGCCAUUUUUUCCGAUACCAGAGACAAUUUCAUGGAAGAACACGCCAUCUCUGUACUUCUAACUCUAGCUAGCUCAGGAACUGCAAUGGCCCAAGAGUAUUCUAUAUCCUGUUUAAGUAAUCUCGUUAAGGAAGACGACGAUAUGAAAUUGUUAAUUGCUCGAAAAGGUGGAAUCGGAAGUCUGAAAAACUUCUGGGAUUCCGCCAUUGUUGGCCGGAGUUUAGAGGUCGCCGUUGAGUUCUUGAGCAAUUUAGCCUCCGAUCAACGUCUGGUCGAAUUCAUCAUUUUAAACGAUUUCUUAAAUCGGUUAAUUAUCGUUUUAAAUUGUGGGGUUUUAGGGGUCAGAAUCCAUGCUGCAGAAGCCAUUUUCAAGAUUGGAUACAACACAAAAACCAGAAAAGAAUUAGGCGAAAAUGGGUUCAUUCCGCCAUUGAUAAGAAUGUUAGAUGGGAAAGCCAUUGAAGAAAUCGAAGCUUCAUCGAAAGCGUUAUCGACGAUCUUGAUACACCCAGAAAACAGAAGGAUUUAUAGGAAGGAACAAAAAGGGAUAAUGAGUGCUGUUCGUCUCUUAGAUUCAUCAAUAACGAAUCUUGAUAAGAAAUAUGCUGUUUCGAUUCUAAUGUCUCUAACCCAUUCGAUGAAAUGCCGCAAAGAGAUGGUGAAAUCAGGGGUUUUGUUGCAUUUACAGAAGCUUGUGGAAAUGGACGUUGAAGGUGCAAAGAAGUUGCAGGAAGUCAUUAAUGGUCGGAAGUUAUGGGGUGUUUUCAAAAGAUCACCAAGAACACCAUGAUUCUUGAAACAAACCUUCAUGUAUGUAGCAAAUCACACUUCUUGAUCUUUACUUUUUCUUGAUUUUGAUCUUGGUGUUCUUGUUUUUGGGGAAAUCGCAUAAAAUAGGGAAACCCAUCAAUC